GCCUUGCUACCUACUGGCUUCGGUAAAAGUUUAAUUUACCAGUUAGCCCCGCUGGUCGCUAAAUCAAUGGGGAUUUGCGAGAACCCAAUUGUCGUGGUCGUCUCGCCACUAAUCGCUCUAAUGGAGGACCAGGUUCGAGAGGCGACUGCCCUGGGCAUUUCUGCUUGCCAGCUGGACCCUGACAUCGAAGCGCUAAUCAAACGAGGCAGCUUCAACAUUGUGCUAGGCAGUCCGGAGUCGUGGCUGAGUGGGAAAUGGCGCGACAUGUUGACCGACGAAGUCUACAGAAAAAAUCUCCUGGGCAUUGUCGUGGACGAAGUGCACCUCACUUACAAAUGGGGAAGAGCUUCAAAGGGUCAGACUGCCUUCAGAGAGAGUUUUUCCAGACUGGGGGAACUUCGUGCUAUUGUCAAACCAGGUAAUUAAAAUGUUUAAUGAAAUGAACAAAAUCUUAGUAUGUGGGGUUUGUGUGUGUGUGUGU